AUGUUUCAAUCAAAAAUAUCUACAUCAUUAAAUAAUCUUAAAGCUAAAUUUCAUAACAAUCAAUCACAGAAACAACCACCACCACCACAACAACAACAACCACAACAACAACCACUACAGCAACACCAACAACCACAGCAACAGCAGCACAAUUAUCGAAGACAUUCAUCAGAUCAUAAUAGAUCUAAGUAUAAUUAUAAUAAUCAAUCAAUUAAUCAAUUAAAUAAUGAUUAUCAUUAUCAAAAAACAACAAAAGAUGAAAAUGAUUUAGAUCCUAAUUUAUAUCAAACAUCAUUAAAACAACAUACUUUAACAAAUCCUUCAUUAUUGAACAAUCAAGAAAAUUUAUCCAUAAAACGAUAUCAAACAGAAUUAGUUCCAUUGAAUAAUUAUGAUUCAUUAAAAGUAAAUGGACAACAUUAUCAAGUGCAUACAGUAAUCACUCAUAAUAAUAAUAAUAAUACACUUUAUAAUAGUGAUCAAUCAGAUCAACGUUUACCUACUAAACAACUUCAUAAUCGUAUCAUUUCAUUAGGUGCUAUUCAUAAUCAUGAUCAUCAUGAUCAUCAUGAACAAUCUAAAGAUCAAACACAUUUGACAAGAUUCAACUCGACAAAAAAUAACUUAGAUACACAUUGGAAUAACAAAAAUAAAUCAAUGAUCAUUUGUAAUGGAUCAAAUAAUAAUUCUUCCUCAAUAAAUCCUCAAAUAGUUACAACUAGUCAAUUACUUCAAACAACAACAACAAUAACAACAACCAUAGCAACAACACCACCACCACCAUCUUCAUCAAAACCAAUGAUAUUGGAUUCAUUAAAAAUAACAAAUUUUCUUCAUCAGUAUCAAAAUACUCACUUAAUAAAACCAAAUUCAUUCAUAAAACAAUCAAUGAAAAAUGUAAAAUUAUGAAAACAUUAUUUUUACCUUUAUUCAUUAAAACAAAUUUCAAUCCCCCUCACCUUACACCCUACCCCCCGGAACAUCUAUAGAUUACAAUCAAUGAUGUAUGGUACAAUCGAGAAUAAUUCUCAGCACAAUGUAUUCCAACAAGUCUUCUUUAUUUCUUACGUCUUGAUUGAUCUUGACAAUGAAUGUUGAAUGGAU